AAUAAAGCAAAAGAGAGAAAAAAAAAAAAAAAAACAUCACAAUUGGAGAGAUAGAAAUCAAACCAACAAAAACAAAAACAAGAGUAUAUUUAUUUUUAUUACAUAUACUUUUCUUGAAACAACAACAAAAAAAUAAGAAAAAAAUGACAACACAAAUACAAACAACACAAACACAACCUCAGCCGCAACAAGUGAAUAGGAUGCAGUCAAGUGAUCAGCUGCAAACAUUGAUGGCGGCAGGGCAAAUAUCAACAGGGAGUUUAAGUUUUAAUGGAUUAAUGAGUAAAGAAGAUGAAGAAAUGUCAAGAUCUGCACUUUCUACUUUCAAAGCUAAAGAAGAAGAAAUUGAAAAAAAGAAAUUGGAAGUCAGGGAACGAGUUCAAGCUCAAUUGGGUCGUAUUGAAGAAGAAACUAGACGUUUGGCUUCUAUCCGUGAGGAACUUGAAGCACUGACUGAUCCAAUGAAGAAGGAAGUUUCUGUUGUUCGUAAGAAGAUUGAUUCCGUCAACAAGGAGUUAAAGCCACUGGGACAGACCUGCCAGAAGAAGGAGAGAGAGUACAAGGAAGCUCUAGAUGCUUUCAAUGAAAAGAACAAAGAAAAAGUACAACUCAUUACCAGAUUGAUGGAGCAGCUGGUGAGUGAAAGUGAGAAGAUGAGGAUGAAGAAACUGGAGGAGCUGAGCAAGAGUGUCGAAACGAUACAAUAAGUUUGUUGAUGAUAACCUGGUGAAAGAUGAUGAUGGGUUUAAGCUAAUUAGGUUUGUGUGGUGUAUUAAAAAGGAGAUCUUUUCACUUCUUUAAUAUGUUCUUAUAUAUGGGUCGUCUCGGUUUGGUUGAAAAUUUCUAUGCGUUUUUCAUUUGUUUUUAAGUUUGAUUAGUCGUUACUGGUGUUUGUAAUUUGCUGAUCUAGGAUUGGAAAUACCUUUGUAAAAACAGGUCUGUAACUAAAAUCAUGUCAAAGAACCUCUUCGUUUAA